CUGGAUCACUCUAAAGAGCUUUAGAUUUUAGAUUAGAGCAACUUUAAAAUUGACAAUGUCGUUGCUAUUGGCACAAUCAGAAGAACUCUGAGACUGAGACAGUCUCCUAUAGAGCUAGAAAAAGAAUAUAGUUAGGAGAUAGCGUGCUGAAAGUUUCUGCGGCUGUAAAUUUACACCUACUAUGUCCUAGGCAACACAUAUUACACUACACUAUUACACACACACACAUAACCUUAUCUUUUAAAAAACCAAAUUUAGAAAUUAUGGCUGCAUUUCGUUUGGUAUCAAAAUGUUUGAAAGCAGAAAAUUUAAGCUCUGCACACUUUACCAUUUUCAAACGUCUCUUGAAUUACUCUACAGUGGAAUACGAUGAACAACGGGACCCCAGACCAUCCUUUUUCAAUAAAGAUAUUCAAAAUCUCUUACGAACGCUUACGAGAGUCGACUUGCAUAAGGUAUUCAGAAGGCGAAAACUUGGGGAUGAAAAAGUCCGUGAUCCUGAAUACAAGUUCAUGACAGAUGAGGAGUUGCAAGAAGCUUUACAGAAGGCGCAACAGAAAGCUAACAGUCUUUUGCAAAUACCACCUGUUGUGCCCGCACGGAAACCAAUAAGUAAAAUAUUAUCACUAGAUCCUGAACUACAAGGCUUAGAGACUAGCAAAAUGGUAUUUACUGAUAUAACUUUUGGUGUCAAAGAUUCAGAUAGAUUAAUUGUCGUCCGACAACCUGAUGGCACUUUAUGUGAAGCUGAAUGGGAAGUGAAAAACAGAAUAAACCAAAUUUAUUUCCCACAAAAAGGAAGAUCUGUUAAGCCUCCAAAAAUGUUCCAAGGCACUGACUUUGAAGAUCUUCUCAAGAGGCAAGAAUAUGAGUUUAUUCUAGAUUGCGCUUGUAUUCAAUUUGAACCUAAUGAUCCAGAUUACCAGAGAAUCACAUCAAUCACAUACCAACAUAUUAAUGAUAAUAAUGGAUUUGAUAAGUUGAGAUCAACUAGGCAUUUUGGUGCAUUAACAUUCUUUCUAGUUUGGCAUAAAAAUAUAGAUAACUUACUGUUGGAGCUCAUAGAAACUUGCUAUGCUGAUGAAGCUAAUUCAUUGAUAGAGCUGUAUUCUAAGAUCAAGAAAGUUGAAUUCGAAAAAACUAAUGACCUCAGUAUGAUUGAGCAUUAUAUAAAGAAGUGCUCUAAUAAGAAGGGGGCAUUAGAGUUGGCUUUACAAGCAUACAAAGAGAUGUCACAUCAGAAACAGAAUAUAGAAAAGGGUAUCAAAACAGCUCAUGGAAUGAGUUAAUCCAGGGACAGCUCAAAGAUAUUUUAAUUGUACAUUUUGUAUUGCUAGAAUUAAGAGAAAUAAAUGUGUAUAAUUAUUGAUUUCUUAAUUUGCUCAAGAAAACCAUCAUCAAUACAAUAUGAUAAAAUAGUAGCUCAAAGCAUCAUCUAUCGCUAGAUCUCAUAGCUCAGAUAGAGGAUAGUUGCUAUGCUUUCAUUCAUUGUCCACGUAGACCUAGACCAUGCUGAGGUGCCAAAAAGCUUGAAACAGCUGCCCAUGGUCGAGUGUCUGUGAUUGGACAGACAAAAGCAGUAUGUUUAUAUGAAGUAUAUUCAACAGUUUAUCCUACAAGUAUUUGAGCAGAAAUACUUUCAAAAACCUUGUACAUUGCUAUGCUCUUCUCUUUGACUGAAGUUCAACUUUUGGAAUUAUAAUUUUUUUUGGAACAACUAGGGAAUACGUGAAUAAAUUGAAUGAUAUUAAACAGUGUUUGAAUAUCCAAAAUGCAUAGCAAUGAAAUUUUAAUAGACAAGUAUGUAAAAUUACAGAAAAAUGAUUCAAAAAAUGUGUAAAAGAGUAGCUAUCAACAAAGAAACUCAGAUUGCUCUUGAAAAUGGAGGAGUAAGACUCCUACUUUAGAUCUUCAGAUUGUAUGUAUUUAAUUUAAUGUAAAAAUGAUAGUAAAGUUUUCCUAAAUGUUUGAAAGGUUACUCAAAUUUUGGUCUUAUUUUAAUUUAUCAAAAAUAAGUCUGGUUACAUUUACUUUUUUCAAAAACCAUUGAAACUUGGAUAGCUAGAGAAGAAAACUACUUAUGUUUUAUAGACAAUUUCAUAUGUAAUUAAAGUUAGUGUUUUUC